GUGGCCCCGCCCCUCCGUCCCCCUGCCGGUGCAGAAGGGGAGAUGCGCUUCCCGGAGGAGGAGGAGGAGGAUGAAGAAGGCCGCCCUCCUGCUGCUCUGGCUGCCCUUCGCGGGGGCCUUCCUGGCCGGGCCCUUCGAUUCCUGCCCCCGGAACCUGGAUUGCACCCUACAGCGGAGGGAGUUCUGCUUGCCCGGGUCUGGCACCUGCGGCCCCUGCCUGCCCCAGUUCACAGAGGAUGCAGAGGGGAGAUGCACCCCGAAGACCCCCGCAAUGGCCGCCGCAGUGCGAGCUUCGCUACCCAACCUAGAGGAAGAAAUUGAUCUGGUGGCGAAUGCCGCCAGCCAGAUCCACCUGCGCCAAAAUGGGACAGGAACUACAACUCCCAGGAGCCCGCCAUCCAGGGUCGGCGCGCAAAAGAGCCGGAAGGGAAGUCCCGCCGCCACGGCACCCGUCGAAAGCUCUCCGGUGGAAUCGCCCCGACUGUCCUCCAACGAUGCCCUCAUCCUGGGGAUGAUUGUCGUCUGUACAGCCGCAGGCAUCGCAGCUUUGGUGGUGGCUGCCGUUUGCUGGUGCAGGCUGCAGAAGGAGCUGCGUCUGGCCCAGAAGGCAGACUACCUGACCCAGAGGGUUCCUGGCCCACCAUCCUACGACGCCGUUUCGCCUGGGGAUAAGAAGCUGGCUCAAAGCGCCCAGAUGUUCCACUAUCAGCACCAGAAGCAACAGAUGCUCUCCGUCGAAAAGCAGAAGGAGGAGACCAAGCCCCCCGAAUCGGCUUCUUCAGACGAAGAGAAUGAGGAUGGUGACUUCACGGUCUAUGAAUGCCCUGGAUUGGCACCCACCGGCGAAAUGGAGGUGAAGAACCCGCUUUUCGACGACGCUUCCUUGCACCCACCGCUUCCUCUUCCUCCUUCACGCAAACCGCACCCGUGACCCAGCGAACUUUGACCCCGAAAUGCAGGACUGGCCUCCUUCUUCGUCCCCCCAAUAACUUUGCAGCAAACCCUUGGAGGUUAAUUCCAUCCCGCUGGCGAGAAAAAACAUCAUAACGUCUGAGUUCUAGGUUCUGGGUUCUAGGUUCUGGGUUCCGAUCCUCCCGCUUUGGCUGCAAAAAAAGAGAAAAGAAAUGGGAUUUUGGGGUGGGGGGCAAUAAGAGGAGGAAAUAUCAGGAUUUUGGGGGAAUCAGAGGAAUACAUUUAGAGGCAAACUCACCCGCUUUCCAUUGCAGAGACUGAGAGCUUCAAAUGUGCAUUAAAAGGGAAAUAUACAAUAGUAAUAAUAUAUUAUAUAUUAUUAUAAUAUAUAAUAAUAUAUUAUAAUAUAUAUUAUGUAUCACUUUUGAUGUUCAUAAUAAUAAUAGUAAUAAUGAUACUAUAUUAUUAUUAUUAUUAUUAUUAUUAUUAUUAUUAUUAUUAUUAUUAUUAUUAUAUGUAAGCCUGGCAGAAAUCAUCACUUAAAUCCAAUGGUUGCUUUUCUCUUUCUUUCUCUCUCUCUUCCUUCCGCACUUUUGGCAUCAGAUGCCUUGCAAAGCCCUCAGCACACCAAUCAGAUUGAUUCCUUCCAUGUAAUAAUAGAAUAAAAUUAAAACUUUGCCGACGGUUCCUGGAAACUAUAUUUCCCGGUUCUUUGCAAACCGUUUACCCCCACUUUUCCCCAUGUAAAUUUAAUUUUGGGGGACAAUUCUGCAGUUUACCUUGUAGAUUAGUAGGUCAAAAUUAAGCAGGAAAGAGAUAUAAAUAUUAAUUAUAAUACUCAUCAUAAUAUUGCAACUCCCAUCAUCCUUCACUGGUUUGGAGCUGAUGGGAUUCUCAAUUCGAUGUUGCUGGUUUCUCUUCUCGGUGAAUCCUCUCCCGUGUUUAGUCUGAACGUCAAUGGUGGUAACAAUUCAAAUCCACUUUGGACAUCAUCAUAAUAUACUUUAUUUAUAUUCCACCCUAUCUCCCCGAGCAGACUCCAGAACACAUAUACGGCAAACAUUCAGUGCCAUUAUGUAAUUAACAAGAACAGACAAUACAUAAACAGAAGUAAAGGCUUUUCCCAUAUUUUCAAUUUUCGGCAUCUGGAGGUUGUGCUCGUUCCAGCCACAGGGGGUGCUGUUGCUCCAUCUUCUAUGCCGAGGAGCUUUGUUGUCCUUAGGCGUCCUUCCGGUUCUUAUGGGCGCCUUUUAUUACCUCCCUGCUUAAAGCAGUACCUAUUUAUCUACUCACAUUUCUGUUUUCAAUUUGCUAGGUGGGCAGAAGCUGGGGCUGACAGUGGGUGCUCACCCCAACCCGAGCUUGAACUGCCAACCUUUCAAUCAGCAGUAUUUUCUGCAGCUUAGCAGUUUAGCCUGCUGUGCUAAGCCCAACUCCUUUUAAUACAAAACUUGGGACUUUGCUUUGUGGCGAAAAGCAGAACGGAACCAAAGAGAUAUUAAUGUCACAUCCAUAGCCCUUAUUGGUAUUGAGUACUGCAGCUCCCAUUAUCCCUUACAAUUGGCUGGGCAAGGGAGAGAGAGUGAGAGAUUGGGAUAUAUUUAUUUCUGGGGCAUUUGUUGGAAAUUGAUCUAAUGUUGGAAACGAAGCUGGGUUGGUUCUGAUCAGUCGUUGAAUAGGAAAUAAGAGAAGCUCAUAUUGGCUGUAAUAGAUGGAUCCAAUGCCUUUGCUUUGCUUUUUGGGAUUCAAAAUCACUUUAAAUUGGUUCCUAAGCAACCAAGUGCCGAAGGGGACAAUGGGACUCGAACCUGCAACCCCUGAGCCCCAAAAUACAUUGGCCGGGACCCAGGAAGACUUUUGUCGGGUAUUAAUGGUGAAUCUAGUGUGGAGUAGUGGCUUUCUGGUGCAAGGAAGUGAUGCACAAGUGUUGUGUCCAAGUGUGAGUGUGCAAGCAUGCCCUGUUUUCCAUGCAUUUUCUAGUUAGUGUGCACAAUGGAGUGCCUGACUUGCACAGAGGCACAGGAGUGCAUGUGAGAAGUGUGCAAACGUGCAAGGCUUAUGCACUGCAGUGAAGUGUGCAUGAAGGGGUGUCAUGGAAGCAUGCGGGAGUAUGCAAAUGUGAAGAUUGUGUAUUACCAUUGGAGGGUUGCAGAUGUGUGCAAAACAAAGUGUGAGCACUUAAAAUGCAUGUGAGAAACAUGUAAACAUGCAGGGCUUAUACACUGCGGUGCAGUGUGCACGAGGGGGUGUCGUGAAAGCACACGGGGAUGUGCAAAUGUGCAGUUUGUGCAUUACCUUUGUGGGUGCAUAAAAGCACAGAGGAGUGUGGAGACGUGAAACACUUAUGCAUUUCAGUGGGUUUUAAGUGCACACGAAGGAGUGUUGAGAAUGCACGGAAGCACACAAGUGUGCAAACGUGCAACCUUUUUGUGUGUUGCAGCGGAGUGAAGUCAGCACGAGGGAGAAUUGUGCAAAGCACAUGGAGAUAAGUGUGCAAACGUGCAACAUUAUGCAUUCAGUGCAAGAGGGAACACUGCUGUAAUGGAAGCUUGACUACUACUACUGUUAUUGUUAUUAUUAUUAUUAUUUGUGUUACUCUGGCUGCAGCGAAAACAACACUUACCCUAAGCAUGCAUUUCAGUGCACAGAUUUUGCACAACUAGCAAAGGGGGGAAAGCAGGGAAGACAACGCUGUGCUUUAAUUUGGGGGGAGGGGUGUUCCUCUCUUUUCUUUUUUCUUUCUGUUUCACUCUUUCGCUCCGAACCGAUUCUUGUACGGACUCCGUUUAGUACCACUUUCAGAAGCGCAAACUUUUAUUAAAAUGACCUGAUUUCAAAA